UACACUUCAUUGAUUAAUUUGUAGAUCUGACAUGCAGUGCUUAAACAUGGCAGGCCAUCAAUUUGCAGUGCAAUCAUGUGCGCUUAUCAUCUUGUACAUGAGCUUGUUGGAAUUGCAUGCAACAGUGGCGGACACACAGUUAGUUGACAGCAUCUGCAAGCAGGCGGAGAGCUAUGAGUUCUGUUCGUCAACCCUAAAUGGAGAUUUACGCAGUGAGAGAGCCGACCUUCAUGGCCUUGCUAUCAUCUCCAUUGCAGAAACCAUAGCUCAAAUAAGAGUAGUUUUUGACGAGCGAAUCCCUGAAAUCAUUAGACACCAAGUCAGCAUCAGCAACCCAAUUGACAAGCAACGGAUCAAGGAUUGCCAAUCGGAUUACAAUGGUGCAUUACACAACUUCUUAGGGGCCUACAGAUCUUCGAGCGGAAGGAGUUAUUGGGAGGUGAUCGAUUGGGUGAGGGACGGUGCUAACGAGGCUAUUCAUUGCGAAGAUAUUUAUAGGUGGCAUGAUCCUCUCACUGUAUGCCCAAUCUCCGCCGAAAACCACAAUGUUAUUAAGUUGGCUGAGAUUGUUCUGAUUGUCGUCCAGUCUCUCCUUACAAUCGUUUAAUUAACUAGACUAAUUACU